AUGACUACGGUUUACUGUGCCAGCCUGCAAUGCGGGAAGGCGACCGACUCUGCUCUCAAGUGCCCAUUGUGUCUCAAGCAGGGCAUACAAUCGGUGUUCUGCAACGAAUCGUGCUACAGGGACUGCUACAAAUCGCAUAAGGCGCUGCAUAUCAAGGACGACAGCGACAAGUCGUACGAUCCGUUCCAAAAUUUCAAAUACACGGGCGAGCUGCGCGCGCAAUACCCAUUGACGCCCAAACGCGCAGUGCCAGACGACAUCGAGAAGCCGGACUGGGCUGCCAAUGGGCUGCCAUUAAGCGAGCAGCGCAACGACCGCUUGAAUAAGAUCCCCGUCUACAACAAGGAGGAGAUCAAACGCAUUCGUAAGGCCUGCAUGCUCGGCCGGGAGGUGCUGGACAUAGCCGCUGCCGCGCUGCGGCCCGGAAUCACCACCGAUGAGCUGGACGAAAUCGUGCAUGCGGAGACGAUAAAGCGCGGCGCCUACCCCUCUCCGCUCAACUACUACAAUUUUCCGAAGUCGGUGUGCACCUCUGUCAACGAGGUCAUUUGCCAUGGGAUUCCAGACAAGUACGUGCUGAAGGACGGCGACAUUGUCAACCUUGACGUGUCCCUGUUCUACCAGGGCAUGCAUGCGGACCUGAACGAGACCUACUACGUGGGCGACAACAUCAGCAAGGAGGCGCUCAACACGGUCGAGACGGCCCGGGAGUGCUUGAAGAUCGCCACAAAGAUGUGCAAGCCUGGUGUCCGUUUCCAGGACCUGGGAGACGCAAUUGAAAAGCACGCGAAGCAGAACAAGUGUUCUGUUGUGAAGACAUACUGUGGACACGGCGUCGGGAAAUUCUUCCACUGCUCGCCCAGUAUCCCGCAUUACGCUAACAACAAGACGCCCGGCGUUAUGAAGCCCGGCAUGGUCUUUACUAUCGAGCCCAUGAUUAACGAGGGGGUGUGGCAGGAUCUGACUUGGCCCGAUGACUGGACUGCUGCGACAAAAGAUGGUAAGCUGAGCGCGCAGUUCGAAAAUUCGUUACUCAUCACCGAAACCGGAGUGGAGAUCCUUACUGCACGCACCAAGAAAUCGCCGGGCGGCCCACGGCCAAGGACCAAGUAG